GUCAAGUACAUCCGGUACAGUUGUUAACGCCCAGAAGGGGGCGCUAUUACGCAUGUCCAGACAGCAGACAGUUUUGUUGACGGAAGUCCCCCCGGAAGAGCAGAGGGGCAGCAAUGGUGCGAGUCAAGUCUAGGUACUUACUAUGCGAAAUCAACGUGUCAGACAAGAGACAGCUGCUGCUGCUGGAUGAUCGAGCUGUUGCAACCACAGUGAAGGCGGCGGUGGCCCGAACACACGGAGACUAUGGGCUAGCUCUAUGCACCAUCCGAUUUUCUGUGAAAUAUCUGAAUACUCAUACUGGGAUAGUAUUACUACGUUUUCCCAAAAAGUGUUACAAACUCCUCUGGUCUGCAUUGCCUUUUAUUACCAGCAUUACAACACGUGGACAAAAUAUCCCAUGUUUUCUGAAUUGUUUGCAUGUGGGAGGAACAAUUAGAACAUGUCAGAAGUUUUUGAUCCGAUACAACACCCAGCAGCUUCAUCGAAUGCUCCCUAAAUGUAAAAAUGAAGAAGAGAAGCAACAGAUUCGCGAAUCACUUAUGGACUGCUACCUAGAAGGAGGAACCAAGGAAGCAUUGGAAGGGGAAUCAGAGAGUGAGGAAGAUGAAGAAGAGUGACUACACAACGUGUUGCUCGCUUUGUUCAAGUUGUCUUUGGAUGCCUGGCUGUGGUCAUUUUUGUUACAAGACUCAUUUGAAGAAAUGCACACUGUCCUCUGUACAAGCAUUGUUUACUGCAGCUGCACAGUGCAUUUGUUACUUUAAAAACUGACUGACUGCAUGCCUUUCUGGAACAGAAGGACCCUUAAAUGAUGAUUGCCUCGCUUUGUCAUAUGAAUAAUUUGGGUCAACAGAUUGGCCUGACAAUCAGUAUGAGUAUCCUUUAACAGUGAGGUGACAAGUUGGAUGCUCAGAACAGCUAAAGAUGAUACUGAAUUACUAUCACCAGAAAUAAAACUAGAACCACACAGUCCAACACAAGCCUGUGUCCCAAUUCUGAAAAGUCAGAAGUGUUAUGUUGAAUUGAAUUCAUUUUGCAUUUAUACUUUUUGUGCUAAUAUGUAUUUUAUCUUUGAAUUAAAGCACCGUUUUUGAAGGUA